UGGCAUGGCUGAUACAAAAGUGAAAUAGGCAAGAAGCGUGGAGGGCGAGAAACGUUUUGCAUCGGCUGCGGGGUUUAUGGGAUUAAUUUUUGGCUGAAAUAAGAGUUAAUUAAGUCUGACUGAUAUUACCGUGUUGAAAUCAACAACACCAAAAUGACAGUGGGCAAGAAUAACAAGAUGAUGCAGCACAUCAACUACCGCAUCCGGGUGAUGCUACAGGACUCUAGGACCUUCAUUGGAACGUUCAAGGCGUUCGACAAGCACAUGAACCUGAUCCUGUGUGACUGCGAGGAGUUCCGCAAGCUCAAGGCCAAAGCCGGGAAGACUGGUGAGCGUGAGGAGAAGCGCGUGCUGGGCAUGGUGCUGCUGCGCGGGGAGAACAUUGUCUCGGUGACAGUGGAGGGUCCGCCGCCGGCCGACGAGCGCGGGCCGCGCGUGCCGGCCGCCGGCGCCGGGCCGGGACCGGGCGCCGGCCGCGCCGCCGGCCGCGGAGUGAGCGCUGCGCCCACCGGACCGGCCGCCGGCCUCCAGGGACCGGUGCGCGGAGUCGGAGGACCCUCCCAGCAGAUGAUGGUGCCGCAGGGACGCGGCAUGCCGCCCAUGCGGGGACCGAUGGGACCCCUGCUCGGUGGACCGCCACGGCCCAUGAUGGGAGGUAUGGGCCCCGGAGGGCCGCCCCAGAUGGGCCGCGGAGGGCCCGGACCCAUGGGGCCCAUGCGGGGGCCGCCGCCAGGUAUGAUGCGUGGCGGGCCUCACCAGGGACGACCCUUCUAGACUACCCGCCGCCCCGUGAGCCCGUCAUCCGGCGUCAUCGAGACGUCAUCCGGCGUCAUCGGGACGUCAUCCGGCGUCAUCGUGACGUCAGAAAGCGUCAUCAUCGCCCACACCAGUGUCAUCAGUAUCUCAUGUGCUUUGGAGAAGUUCUCUACCGGUCGAAAUGCGCGCUCGAAAUGGUCGAUAGCAUACCUGUGAUCGGUCUCUCUUACUACCAUCACGUCAGUGUAUUUUAUCCGGGGUUCAACGCAGCGAGGUGGAUUUGAAUGCGGACGGUCUGCCGCCGGCCGGGCAGCCGUUUUAGCUGUGGAGUGUGGAUGGCUCUCUCAGUGUAAGGAGAGCCCGGUGUCUGGGCCUCAGCCUCGUGUUCCGACCAGAAGAUGGUUUGUGGUGGAAUACACUGACCUCGCUAA